CUUUACUCUUUGGGCUUUUGUGAUUUGUCUUGUCAAUUGCCAUGUAAAUUUCUGUCGUCAUAUUAAAAAUUAACAUUCGUAUUUCUAUUUCAUUGAAUAUUUUUAAACUUUUUGAGCUUAAAUAAAAAAAACUCAAUAUGUCGCGAAAAGGAAAACAUAGAUGUCGAUUGUUAACCAUAUGAAAGAAGUUUCUUCAACGCCUUUUGGAGGCUUGUUGAUUCGCAUUGUGAACAAUAUGAAGUGAUUAUUUAUUAUUUAUAAUGACUGAGAAAAGUUAUGAAGGCGAGCAUUCCUCGUCCUCGUGGGACCUGCCCGGCCCCUCGUCUCUGGGCGCGAUAUUGGACAGUGUGUUUUCGUCUACAGCUUCUGAUAGUCAACAGAGAAAUGAGGAAAUGGAGUGUGAUGCCCUGUUUGCUGUGAGUGAUGAUGAGGUAGAAGUACUACCAUCAGCUCCUGAAGAUGCAUCUUCAACAACUGAGCAGAGCCCAAAACCACUAUCAUCCAACUAUGUGCAUUCAACAACCCCCAACCAAUCUUAUGACUACAAUAUAACUCCGUUAACACAUCCAGCGGUGUCUCACACACCAGUCCCUGAAGAAUAUCAACCACUGCCUGAUAGUUCUAGUUCUUUAGAACAUGCCUACUAUGAAUAUAUGGGAAAUAAUCCAGACAAUAAUACAACAGGUCCAAGAUGUAUACCUGGAGUUAACAUUCGCUAUCAACCUAAACCCACAAAUCUCAACCCAAAUGGGUACUAUUAUCGUAAUUAUGCUCAUUACCAUGAUCAUAUUGGAGCACCGUAUCACAAUAAUCUUAUAGUGGUAAGUGAAAACCAUAAUUACAUGCCUCAACAUAUGCCAUAUACACUGCCACCGAGUCAGGUUCAGAUAAGGGAUAACAGUAUUGGUCUGAACAUGACUUACACAGCCAAUACAAAUAGUGGCAGUGCUCCAAGUGGUUUAGAAAGGCCUAGUCGAAAGCUCAAUAUAUCACCAAGAAGAAGACACUCAAAAGAGAAUGAAGGUGCAUCAAAUUUAAUAGAAGUUAGUUCUGAAGACGAGGAUGAUUCAUCUGCUCCAAAACGAAAACAAAGAAAUGGUGACCAUCCCAGUAAUGCAAUGACUGCUCAAACAAGUGGCGCUGGUUGUAGUCAUACAGAUGUUGGCUCCAGAGCUAACGUAAAAGGAGAACCAAAUGAAAGUACUUCUGCCACAGUUAAUGACAAUAAUAGCAAUCUUGUAGCUCAAGUUAUAAACGAAAGGCGUCAAAGUAACCUCAAUCGUGCGCACACACCACAACAACAAAAUGUUCAAAGCCCUCCAUUUGAAAUAAAACAAGAACAUGGUUUUACCCCUACCAAUAAUUGUUCUUGUAGGUUAAACGUUAUACAUAAUGGCCGCCACACUCAUUCAAACGAGUGUCACAGACAUAGUCCUUUGCAUGUCAACUAUCAAAAUGGAGCUCAUCACCAUCACCACCACCAUCACCAUCAUCAUCACCAUCAAGGAAAUAUAUGUAGUCAUAACAAUAACAGUGCACUUGGUUCAUCAAAUACAUCACAGAUUAAAGAGGAACCAGGCACACAGCAAACUCAAAUCAAACAAGAAACAUCCUCUGAGAGUACCACUCAGCCUGUUCCAAUUAAAAUGGAAGUAACGGAACAACCGCUUAAGAUGGAAAGGAAUCAGCAAAGCUCAUCAGGAAAUGGAGGUCCUAGUGAAAACAUAUCUGUCAAGUCUGAGAAUGAAAGUGUAAGGUGUUGCGAUGUAGAUGCUACAGGAGAUAGGAGAGUGAAGGCGCCAUCGCCGCAACCCAGUACAAGUGCGGCAAGAGUUUCUCAGCCCACAGAGCAAAAUAAAAUCAGAAAAUUAUCACAAGACUCACAAUUACAGGCAUCGGGAUCAGCGACGAGCGGCGUACUGUCUGCGCCGGAUCUACAGCUCGACUGGGUGUCUGACAGCUCUGAUGACGAUGUGCAAUUACUCGCUGAAGAAAAUAAUGUGCGCGAAGUAAUCGACCUGACUGGUUCGCCUGUGCGUGCCGAGUGCGGCACAGAAGCCAUGGAGUCAGGUGAGGGUGGCGAGGCGAUGGCCGGAGCGGACGGCGCGUCCCCUCCGCGCCCGCGUCCGCCCCUGCACCCUGCCGCGCCUCCGCGCUCGCAUAUGCCGCCACGCUACUACCACCCCUUCAGUGAUGGACCGCCGCCCGCGCAUCUCAUGCGCACUAGGGUGCAGGUAGGUGGAUGCGGCGGGUGCUGCUACGGUCCGGCGACGAGGGCGGCGCCGCUAUUCCAUCCGCCGCACGCGCACCGCGCAGGCGCAGCGCACCCAGCGCACGCGCCACACGCCUCGCACGCCGCACACGCCACCCACGCCGCGCCACCCGCACACCUUGGCGAGCGUCGUCGCGACGGCAUGUCGGUCGCACCGCCGUACCUCGUGCAUGAACGCUUGUGGCAACGACAACACCAUAUGAUGGAAAUGCAACGUCGUAGUAUGAUGGGCGACAUGGGUGUCGGCUUCGGGCCAGGAUUCUCGCAGUUCCCUAAUGUAGCCCUACCACUCAACACUGUCCUCUCAUUCCCUGAGGAGUUAGACUUGGCAGUACCCUCGGGAUUGGGUUCAAGUUUGCCUCCAGCUGUGGUGCUUGACGGUCAACACAUUCAUCAUCACAUGCAUCACUAUCUUCAAAUGCACCCACCACAUGUGCAUAUUUCUAUACAGCCAGUGGGCAUGCACGGCACGAGUGCGCUGGCGGCGGUGGUGGCGCGCGUGGCGGAGGCGGAGGCGAUGGAGCCGCGGCGCGGCUGGCGGGGCGCGCGCGGGGCGUCACGCGGCGUCAUCGAGCGCAACACGCUACGCCACGCCUACGCGCCGCCCGCGCCGCACCACCAAGACGAGAAGUGCACCAUUUGCCUCUCCAUCUUCGAGGUCGACUCCGAUUGCAGGAGACUGCCAUGCAUGCACUUGUUUCACAUGGAGUGUGUUGACCAGUGGCUCAGCACCAACAAACACUGCCCCAUCUGCCGUGUGGAUAUUGAAACACAUCUCAACAAGGAUGCAACAUUUUGAAAUCAAAGUUUCUCUUCCAGCUGCGGUGCAGUGACAAUGGCUUGCUGCUGCAGCUCUAAACUCUCCUGCUGAAGCUCAUGGGUCAACUGUUUUUGAGUGUUGCAAGUCCUGAAACACAAUCCAUUUUUUGUACAUAAUCCACAAUAUGAACUUAAUAUAAGACUAUUUUCGUUUAUUAAAAAUUUGUUAUAUUAUCAUAUCAUUACAAUGUUAGAAGUCAAAUGUGGUGACUAUUGUUGUUUUUACAUAUACAUAAGGUUUAAUUAAUGGAUAAAUAUAAUUUUUUAAAAGUCAACUUGUUAAUUUAAACUCUAUGAGUAAACUUAAAAUAUUUAUAAUGCUAUAUAAAAACUGAAAAGUGAAUAUUUGAGUUACAAUGUAUAAUGCUUUAAUAAAUUUUUACACAAG